ACGAUGCGGAUGAGGUUCGUGGUUAAAUCCCAAUGCUGGGAAAGAGGCGGCUGGAUUCAGACAGACUCUCAAAAAUAUAUCUUGGUUAUAGGUUUUUUUCAGCUCUUAUCUGUUUUUGAUCAAAUUUGGGGUGAGUCAAAGUUGGGACAAUCGCCCAUCGGGUCCCGUGGAAGCCUCUACAUUUGAUCAUCUCUGCUGCCACAGCGAAGGUUACACGGAGCACCGGCGGCCGCGGGACAAACCCGCACAGGCGGCUGCGUCCUCGCCGGAGAAGCCCGUUUUUUGGGGGCCGUCGUUCCCGAAUGGGAGCACGUGAAUGGAAGCGGGAGCUUACGAGGAGCACUUGAAGGCAGCAUCUCCGUACCGGCGGGCAGCGGGAGAGACGUAGCAGCCGCUUCAGCGGGAGGAGAGGAUGAUACGCAUCUGCUCGGGUUUCUGACAACAACGGGGAUUUGUUUUUUUUUUCAUCCCCGCACGUUACUUUUGUCUCGUUGGACUUUUCUAGAGAACACGCGCGGGGUUCCGUGGACGUACCGAGCAGGCUCCGGUUUGGCUCGUCGGUAAGGGACUUAAAACGGAAAGACCGGUAGCGCUGCUUAUGUGGGAGGAAGUCCGAUUGAUGAGAGGAUGGUGAUGAGCGUGUGAUGAUUUUAUUCUGCUUUCAGGGGGGGGAGGAUGCGGCGCUCUCCCCGUCGCUGUUAGUGAGAGGAAGAGGAGGAGGAGGAGAAGGUUUGACACACGCAUGAGUCGCGAGGAGACGGAGCCAGAGAAGGAGCCCAGAGCAGAUAACCGUGAGAUAGCGGGGGACAAACACAGGGACCCGGUGCCGGCUCCGCUUCCGUAAAGAGGAGACACUGUAGAAAAACGGCAUCGACGAGGAGGGACGCAUGCGGGAAAAGGGGGAGAUGUCAGAAUGAAGCGGGGACGCAGCCUGGAGGAAGUGUGGAUGUAAAGCGCUGCCUCCCCCUCUGUCACUCUUUUGCGAGGGAACGGGACGGAAUAGAGAGCAGCAUGCGGCCCGGUGAGAGCGUAGAGGGCUCGCGCUCGGCUCGCGGAGGAUGCGUUGACGCAAAUAUUGUUACCGAUAGCGGCACGGAACGCUGUCUCGCGCACCCCUCGGCGAAGGGGGGGACGACGACGAAGAGGAGGAUGAGAGGGACGAGCGGGAGGAUGGCGGACGGAGGGAUGACGGCGAUGCGCUGUUUUCUGUGGACUCUCGUUCUCUGCUCGCUCUCCUCGCGCGCGCAAGGUUUCAUCUACACAUGUGGCGGAACACUGAAGGGCCGGAAUGGCAGCAUAGAAUCUCCAGGAUUCCCCUACGGCUACCCCAACGGCGCCAACUGCACCUGGGUCAUCGUGGGCGAGGAGGGAAGCAGAAUCCAGCUCAUCUUCUUGUCAUUCGCCAUAGAAGAAGAAUACGACUUCCUGUCCUUGUACGACGGACACCCGCACCCUGCCAACUUCAGAACCAGGCUGACGGGCUUCCAGGUUCCUGCCCCAGUCACCAGUACAGGAAAUGUCUUCUCCUUGAGGUUAACCAGCGACUUUGCUGUCUCAGCGCACGGCUUCAAGCUCAACUAUGAAGAACUCCACAGUACGUCUUGCGGCAACCCCGGCGUCCCACCCAAAGCCGUCCUGAGUGGCGGCGGCCGCUUCGCGGUGGGGGACCGCGUGCGCUACAGCUGCGUCCCCGGGUACGUCCUGGACGGCCACGCCACGCUCACGUGCAUCACCAAUGCCGGGAACACUGCAGUCUGGGACUUUCCUGCUCCCAUUUGCAGAGCUGAGGACACAUGUGGGGGCACUGUGAGGGGCGGCAGUGGGGUGGUGACCAGUCCCGGUUACCCCGGCAACUAUGGUAACCAGGCCGACUGUACUUGGAUCCUAUUGGCCGAACCUGGAGACACCAUCUCUGUCAUCUUUACAGACUUCCAGACGGAGGAGAAGUAUGACUAUCUGGAAGUAGAGGGAUCUGAACCGCCAACCAUCUGGUUGUCAGGCAGUAACGUCCCCGCUCCCAUCGUUAGCAACAAGAACUGGCUCCGGCUGCACUUCGUGACUGACGGCAACCACCGCUACCGAGGCUUCAGCGCACAUUAUCAAGUGAAGCGAUCGGUAGAUUUUAAAUCGCGGGGCGUUAAAUUGUUCCCUGGCAAAGACUCCGGCAACAAGUUUUCAAUAUUAAACGAAGGCGGCGUGAGACAGGCGUCCAACUCGUGCCCCGACCCCGGAGAGCCGGAGAACGGGAAGCGCCACGGCAACGACUUCAGCAUCGGCAGCGUGGUGCAGUUCAGCUGCGGCGAGGACUACGUGCUUCAGGGCAGCAAAACGAUCAGCUGUCAGCGAGUGGCUGAAGUCUUUGCGGCUUGGAGCGACCACAGGCCGGUGUGUAAAGUGAAGACGUGUGGCAGCAAUCUUCAGGGUCCGUCGGGGACCUUCACGUCGCCAAACUUUCCCAUUCAAUAUGAGAGCAAUGCCCAGUGCGUGUGGAUAAUUACAGCUUCAAAUCCCAACAAGGUAAUCCAGAUCAACUUUGAAGAGUUUGACCUGGAGAUAGCGUACGACACUCUGACCAUCGGAGACGGAGGGGAGGUCGGAGACCCCACAACCAUCCUGCAAGUCCUUUCAGGUAGCUUUGUUCCCGACCUGAUAGUCAGCAUGACCCACCAGAUGUGGCUGCACCUACAGUCAGACGAGAGCGUCGGGUCCAUUGGGUUCAAAAUCAAUUAUAAAGAAAUAGACAAAGAGAGUUGCGGCGACCCCGGGACGCCCCUCUACGGAAUACGCGAGGGCGACAGCUUUUCCAACGGCGGCAUCCUCAGAUUCGAGUGCCAGUUUGGCUUCGAGCUCAUUGGAGAGAGAACAAUCUCCUGCCAAGACAACAAUCAGUGGUCAGCAAACAUCCCUAUAUGCAUAUUCCCCUGCAUGUCCAACUUCACCGCUCCCUCGGGAACCGUGCUCUCCCCAGAUUACCCAGAAGGCUAUGGGAACAACAUGAACUGCGUGUGGCUCAUCCAGUCGGACCCAGGCUCCAGAAUCCACUUGGCCUUUAAUGACUUUGACCUUGAGGCGCCCUACGACUCCUUGACGGUGAAGGACGGCGAGACCAACGACGCCGGGGUCAUCGGGAGGUUCUCCGGCGCCGAGAGCCCUUCGCAUCUGACGUCCAACACCAACACGCUCAGGCUGGAGUUCCAGGCUGAUCACUCCAUGUCAGGAAGAGGCUUCAAUAUCACUUACAGCACGUUCGGCCACAACGAGUGCCCAGAUCCUGGCAUUCCCAUCAACGCGCGGCGCUUUGGCGACAGCUUCCAGCUCGGCAGCUCCAUCUCCGUGGUCUGCGAGGACGGUUUCAUCAAAACCCAAGGGACCGAGACCAUCUCCUGUCAGAUAGAAAGAGGAAAAGUCAUGUGGAGCGGGCCCAUCCCGAAAUGUGAAGCCCCGUGUGGAGGCCACUAUUCAGCCCCGAGCGGAGUGAUUCUGUCUCCUGGGUGGCCUGGUUAUUAUAAAGAUUCCCUCAGCUGUGAGUGGGUGAUUGAAGCAGAACCUGGACGCUCCAUCAAAAUCACAUUUGACAGGUUCCAGACAGAGUUGGGCUACGACUUCCUGGAGAUCCACGACGGGCCGAACCUCCUGUCUGCGCUCGUCGGGUCCUUUAAUGGCACCCAGGUGCCUCAGUUCCUGUUCAGCAGCAGCAACUUCCUUUAUCUGCUGUUCACUACAGAUAACAGCCGAUCAAACGCCGGCUUCAAAAUAUUAUAUGAAAGCGUUACAGUGGACAGCUACUCGUGUCUGGACCCUGGGAUCCCUGUCAACGGCAUUCGCUACGGACAGGACUUCUCCAUCGGGUCCACCGUGUCGUUUGGCUGCGAUUCUGGCUACAGACUCAGCCACGAGGAGCCGCUAGUGUGUGAGAAGAACCACUGGUGGAGCCACCCGUUGCCCACAUGUGACGCUCUGUGUGGCGGGGAUGUUAGAGGUCCCUGGGGAACCAUCCUUAGCCCCGGCUAUCCAGACAGCUACCCUUCAUCCCUCAACUGUACCUGGACUGUUGAAGUCAGCCAUGGGAAAGGAGUCCAGUUUCAGUUCAACUCCUUUCAUCUGGAGGACCAACAUGAUUACCUCCUAGUUACCGAGAACGGGAGUUUCCUUCAACCACUGGCUCGCCUGACCGGCAACGAGUUGCCUAGCAACAUCAAUGCUGGUCUCUAUGGCAACUUCAAAGCCCAGCUUCGAUUCAUCUCUGACUUUUCCAUUUCAUACGAGGGCUUCAACAUAACUUUCUCAGAAUAUACUUUGGAACCAUGUGAGGAUCCUGGAAUGCCUCAUUUCGGCCGGAGGAACGGCUACAGCUUUGGCGUUGGAGACACCUUGUCUUUCUCCUGUAACAUGGGAUACAGACUAGAGGGGGCGCCCGAGCUAAUCUGUCUGGGCGGCGGCCGAAGAAUGUGGAGCGCGCCUGUCCCCAGAUGUGUUGCCGAGUGCGGCUCCUCGGUCAUAAACAACGAGGGCAUCCUUCUCUCGCCGAACUACCCCAUGAACUAUGACAACAACCACGAGUGCAUCUACAGCAUCCAGGUGCAGGCGGGGAAGGGCAUCAACAUCUCUGCUAGAACGUUCCAUCUGGCCCAGGGGGACAUACUGAAGAUUUAUGACGGGAAAGACAACACGGCCCAGGUCCUCGGCGCCUUCACGGGAUCGUCCAUGCUGGGCCUGACGCUGAUCUCCACUUCCAACCAUCUCUGGCUGGAAUUCUACACCGAUGAGGAAAGCACCGGGGAAGGAUUCAAGCUGGUCUACUCCAGCUUCGAGCUGUCUCAUUGCGAGGACCCAGGCGUGCCUCAGUUCGGCUUCAAGGUCAACGACCAGGGCCACUUCUCGGGGAGCAGCAUCACGUACAGAUGCGAGCCCGGGUACACCCUGCACGGAGCCUCCACCCUGAAGUGCAUGACGGGGGAGAGGAGGGCCUGGGACAACCCACUGCCCUCAUGCAUCGCGGAGUGUGGAGGUCGCUUUAAGGGCGAGUCUUCGGGGAGGAUUCUGUCUCCUGGGUAUCCAUUUCCCUACGACAAUAACCUGCGCUGCACCUGGACCAUUGAGGUGGACUCAGGGAAUAUUGUGAGUCUUCAGUUCUUGGCCUUCAACACAGAAGCCAGCCACGACAUGCUGAAGGUGUGGGACGGACCACCGGAGAAUGAAAUGUCUCUGGCGGAGCUCAGUGGCUCUCUGAUACCCGAGGGCAUCCACUCCACCUUAAACACCGUCACCGUUCAGUUCGAGACCGAUUUCUACAUCAGCAAGUCAGGAUUUGCCAUCCAGUUCUCCAGCUCUGUAGCCACAGCCUGCAGGGACCCGGGCGUUCCCAUGAACGGCAGUCGUAGCGGGGACGGCCGCGAGCCGGGGGACUCGGUGUCCUUUCAGUGUGACCCGGGAUACGAGCUCCAGGGGGACGACAAGAUCACCUGUAUACAAAUCGAAAACAGAUACUACUGGGAGCCCAGUCCUCCCGUCUGCAUAGCGCCUUGUGGAGGAAACCUAACAGGCUCCAGUGGAUUUAUCCUCUCUCCCAACUACCCGCACCCGUACCCUCACUCCAAAGACUGUGACUGGCUCAUCGCUGUCAACUCAGACUACGUCCUGUCGCUGGCUUUCAUCAGUUUCAACAUUGAGCCAAACUAUGAUUUCCUGUAUAUCUAUGAUGGUCCUGAUAGCAACAGCCCUCUGAUUGGUAGUUUCCAAGACAGCAAGCUCCCAGAGAGGAUAGAGAGCAGUUCCAACACCAUGCAUUUAGCAUUCCGCAGCGACGGCUCUGUUUCUUACACUGGCUUCCACCUGGAAUACAAAGCCAAACUGAGGGAGUCAUGCUUCGACCCAGGUGUGGUUCUGAAUGGGACCAGACUGGGAUCCGACUAUAAGCUGGGCUCUACGGUUACCUUCUACUGUGAAGCAGGAUAUGUUUUGCAGGGCUACUCUACUCUGACCUGCAGUAUGGGUGACGAUGGCAGGCCUGGGUGGAACAGGGCAUUGCCUAGUUGCCAAGCUCCAUGUGGAAGUCGCUCUACGGGUUCUGAAGGAACCGUGUUGUCACCAAACUUCCCCAGGAACUACACUUCUGGACAGACCUGUGUGUACUCUAUAUCUGUACCCAGAGAGUUUGUGCUCUUCGGGCAGUUCGUGCUGUUCCAGACGUCACUGAACGACGUGGUGGAAAUCUACGACGGGCCCACGCAGCAGAACACGCUGCUGUCGUCGCUCUCCGGGUCUCACUCAGGCGAGUCGCUCCCUCUGAGCUCGGGGAACCAGAUCACCAUAAAGUUCACCACGGUCGGACCAGAAACCGCCAAAGGAUUCCACUUCGUCUACCAAGCCGUGCCUCGCACCAGCUCCACGCAGUGCAGCUCGGUGCCGGAGCCGCGCUUCGGCCGGCGCCUCGGCAACGACUUCGCCGUGGGCGCCCUGGUGCAGUUCGAGUGCAACCCCGGCUACGUGCUGCACGGCUCCACCGCCAUCCGCUGCGAGAGCGUGCCGGACAACCUGGCGCAGUGGAACGACACGCUGCCGACGUGCAUAGUUCCCUGCGGCGGCGCCCUGGCCUCCCGCCGUGGGACCAUCCUGUCCCCCGGAUACCCGGAGCCCUACGACAACAACCAGAACUGCGUGUGGAAGGUGUCGGUGCCGGAGGGGGCGGGGAUUCAGAUCCAAGUUGUGAGCUUCGCCACCGAGCAUAACUGGGACUCGCUGGACUUCUACGACGGCGCCGACAACCACGCGCCGCGGCUCGGCAGCUACUCCGGCACCACCAUCCCCCCUCUCCUCAACAGUACAUCUAACAACCUCUACCUUAGCUUCAGCUCUGACAUCAGCGUCUCAGCUGCCGGCUUUCACCUGGAAUACACAGCUAUCGGCCUGGAAUCGUGUCCGGAGCCUCAGAUUCCCAACUACGGCGUCCGACAGGGCGACAGAUACAUGGUGGGGGACGUUGUGCAGUUCUCGUGUGAACAGGGAUACUCUCUGCAGGGAAAUGCCCACAUCACCUGCAUGCCGGGCCCGGUCAGACGGUGGAACUACCCCGUGCCGCUGUGCCUCGCCCAGUGUGGCGGCUCCAUGACGGAUGUGAGCGGAGUGAUCCUGAGUCCUGGUUACCCCGGCAACUACCCCAGUGGAUUAGACUGCACGUGGACGGUCAACCUCCCUGUGGGCUUCGGUAUCCAUCUCCAGUUCCUGAACUUCUCCACUGAAGCCAUUCAUGAUUAUUUGGAGGUCCGCAGCGGAACGCUGGAAACGGGCUCCGUCAUUGACCGCUUCAGUGGUCCAAUCAUCCCCAAACCCCUGUUCAGCACCACCCACCAGACCAGCUUUUUCUUCCACAGUGACUAUUCACAAAACAAACCCGGGUUCCACAUCACUUAUCAAGCCUACCAGCUCCAGAGCUGCCCAGAUCCUCGUCCAUUUCGAAAUGGCAUCGUGAUUGGCACCGACUUCAGCGUGGGGAUGACUGUGUCAUUUGAAUGCCUGCCUGGAUAUUCUCUGAUCGGAGAGGCUUCGCUCACAUGUUUACAUGGCAUCAGCAGGAACUGGAACCACCCGCUGCCACGAUGUGAAGCUCUGUGUGGUGGUAAUAUAACGUCGUUAAAUGGAACCAUCUACUCUCCCGGUCAUCCCGAGGAAUACCCCAACUUCCAGGACUGCGUGUGGAGCGUCCGUGUUCCUCCUGGGCACGGGAUUUACAUCAACUUCACUGUGCUGAGCACCGAGCCCAUCUACGAUUACAUCACUGUCUGGGACGGUCCAGACCAAUCUUCUCCCCAGAUUGGACAGUUCAGUGGAAACACAGCUUUGGAGUCUGUCUACUCGACCUCCAACAUCAUCCUCAUCAAGUUCCACUCGGACUUCUCCGGCGCCGGCUUCUUUGUCUUGAGCUACCACGCCUACCAGUUAAGGGUCUGCCAGCCUCCUCCAGAAGUGGCCAACGCUGACAUGCUGAUGGAGGACGGGGAGCUGGAGAUAGGUGACAUCAUCAGGUACAGAUGCCAUCCUGGAUUCUCAUUGGUCGGCAGCGAGAUUCUAACCUGUCGUCUAGGAGAGAGACUGCAGAUGGACGCCCCACCUCCAAUAUGCCAAGUCCAAUGUCCUGCCCACGACGUGCGCUACGACUCGUCGGGCGUCAUCCUGAGCCCUGGCUGGCCUGAGAGCUACCCCAACCUGCAGAUGUGCUCGUGGAGCGUCACCGUGGAGAAAGGCUACAACGUCACCCUCACCUUUGAAAGCUUCCACACCGAGAGAGAGUUUGACGUGUUGGAGAUUUUCGAUGGGCCCUCGACCAACAGUCCCACGCUGGCCACGCUGAGCGGUGACCUGUCAACACCCUUUAAUCACACCACCUCCGGUCACCAGUUCCUCGUGCGCUGGUCCUCAGACCACGGCACAAACAAGAAAGGCUUCAAAAUUCGCUAUGUUGGUGAGUACCAAACCUUGUACUGCUCCACCCCGGACUCCCCCCUCCACGGCUCCAUCUCCUCCCAGAGCGGCGGCCACGUCAACAGCGUGGUGCGCUGGGCCUGCGACCGCGGCUACCGCCUCAUCGGCAACGCGACGGCGACGUGCCGGCGCACAGCCCUCGGCUACCACGCGUGGGACUCCCCGGUGCCCGCCUGCCAAGCGGUGUCGUGCGGGCCGCCCAAGGCUCCCAUAAACGGCGGCGUCUUAACAGCUGACUACUCUGUUGGAACCAGAGUUUCCUACUUUUGCAACGACGGGUACAGACUCUCCAGUAAAGAACUGACAUCAGCCAUCUGUCAGCCCGACGGAACAUGGAGCAACCACAAUAAGAUACCACGGUGCUCCGUGGUGGUCUGUCCGAGCAUCGGCUCGUUCUCUUUGGAGCACGGCCGCUGGCGGAUCGUCAACGGGUCACAUUACGAGUACAGAACGCGCAUCGUGUUCACCUGUGACCCGGGAUAUUACCGCUUAGGCCCCGCCCACAUCCAGUGCCUACCCAAUGGUGUGUGGAGCUGGAGGAACGAUCGGCCGCACUGCCAGAUCAUCUCCUGCGGCGAGCUGCCGUCGCCGCCUAACGGGAAGAAGAUCGGCACCCAGACGACGUUUGGCGCCACGGCCAUCUUCACCUGCGAUCCUGGCUUCAUGCUGGUGGGGUCAGCGGUCCGAGAGUGCCUGUCGUCUGGGCUCUGGAGCGGGACAGAAACACGGUGUUUAGCUGGUCACUGCGGCAUCCCAGAAGGCAUAGUGAACGGCCAGGUGAUUGGGGAGAACUACGGUUACCGCGAUACGGUCGUCUAUCAGUGUCUACCUGGCUUUCGGCUAAUAGGCUCAUCAGUUCGCAUCUGUCUCCAAGACAACCAGUGGUCUGGACAGCUGCCCGUCUGUAUAUCUGUCAGCUGUGGCCACCCAGGAAGUCCCAUAUAUGGUCGCACGGUGGGGAACGGCUUCAACCUCAACGACGUGGUCAGCUUCGUGUGUAACCGCGGUUACGAGAUGGAGGGGCCUGCACACGCUCAGUGCCAGGCCAACCGGCAGUGGAGCCACCCGCCCCCAACGUGUAAAGGUGGGGAGAAAAUGGUCAACUGCUCCGAUCCGGGCAUCCCGCCCAACUCCAUCCGGCAGAGCAAAAUAGAGCACGGCAACUUCACCUUCGGCACCGUGGUGUUCUACGACUGCAACCCCGGCUACUACCUGUUCGGGUCGCCUGUGCUGACGUGUCAGCCCACUGGGCAGUGGGACAAGCCCCUCCCAGAGUGCAUCGUUGUAGAUUGCGGCCACCCCGGCUCUCCCCCUAACGGCGUGCUGACUGGAGAUAAGUUUACCUUCGGUUCCACGGUUCGAUACUCCUGUCUGGGAGGACGACAGCUGAAGGGGGAAUCGUCCAGAACGUGUCAGCUCAGCGGGAUGUGGAGCGCCCCCAUGCCCUUCUGCUCCGGUGACACGGCGGGCUCCUGCGGAGACCCUGGCAUCCCGUCCCACGGUUCAAGGGAACAAACAGACUUCAAGAUCCGCUCCAAGGUUUACUUCAGCUGCUCCGAGGGCUAUGAUCUCAUUGGCUCCUCUGAGAGGAUGUGCUUUCCUAAUGGGACCUGGUCUGGCACGCAGCCCUUCUGCAAACCGGUCCAGUGCGGGAACCCCGGCACGCCUAGUAAUGGCCGAGUGUACCGCUUGGACGGCACCACCUUUUCUCACUCUGUCAUCUACUCCUGCAUGGACGGCUACCUGCUCACCGGCGCCACCACCAGGCAGUGUCAGGGCAACGGCACCUGGUCGGGAGUCCAGCCCAACUGUACCAUGAUAAACUGCGGGGACCCGGGCGUGCCGGCUAACGGCCUUCGCUACGGGGAAGACUUCACCAUUGGACAGAACAUUUCCUUCCAGUGCCAGCCGGGGUACCGCAUGGAGGAGGACGGCUCGCCCGUGAGGACGUGCACCCAGAAUGGAACGUGGAACGGCAACAUGCCCAUAUGCACAGCGGUGACCUGCGCGGCGCCCCCUGCCAUCAGUAACGGGGUACUGCAGGGCAGCGACUUCGAGUGGGGCAGCAGCGUGAGCUACACUUGCUCCCCCGGAUACGAGUUGUCCUUCCCGGCCGUGCUGACCUGUGUGGCCAACGGCACCUGGAGCGGCAUGCUACCGCAGUGCUUGCCCAAGUUCUGUGGCGACCCGGGCUCCCUGGUGGGUGGAUUCAGAGAAGGACGGAGUUUCAUCUACCAAUCAGAAGUGUCCUUCAGCUGCGCCCCCCCUCUCAUUUUGGUCGGCACGGCAACUCGGCUGUGCGAAAGCGACGGGACCUGGAGCGGCACGCAGCCUCGAUGCAUUGAACCGACCAAAACCAGCUGCGAUAACCCGGGGACUCCGCGCUAUGGGUCUUUGAACAGGACCUAUGGUUUCAAGGUGGGCAGCGUGGUGUCGUUCCAGUGCCAGCCGGGCCAUUUGAUCCAAGGCUCCUCGUCCAGAACCUGCCAGCCCGAUCUGACGUGGAGCGGGACGCAACCCGAGUGCAUACCCCACGCCUGUAAGCAGCCGGAGAGCGCGCUCCACGUGGACGUGGUGGGGAUGGACCUGCCCGGCUUCGGCUACACGCUGGUGUACAGCUGUCAGCACGGCUACUUCCUGGCAGGAGGCUCUGAACACAGGGUCUGUAAGAGUGAUGGCACAUGGACUGGAAAGAUGCCCGUAUGUCGAGCCGGAGAGAAGAAGAAGCCGGUGAAGCCGGCGACAGGAACCCCCAGCCCCAAACUGAACGUCCCGGAUGAUGUCUUUGCCCCCAACUACAUAUGGAAGGGUUCCUAUAAUUACCGAGGGAGGAAGCAGCCGAUGACACUGAGCAUCACCAGCUUCAACUCCACCACGGGGAGGGUUAAUGUGACCCUUAGCAACGGCAACAUGGAGCUGCUCCUGUCAGGAGUCUACAAGGCGUCGGAGGCCAGGCUGUUACUGCUGAUGUACCAGGUGAACUAUGUGAGCCAGGGCAACCAGCCGAAAGACUCAGGCCUCUCUCCAGCAAAAAUCAUAGAUGACUCCUGGACCAUGGAUGGAUUUGUGUCCGCGGAGCCUGACGGUUCCAGUUAUGUAUUCCAGGGUUUUAUUCAGGGAAAAGACUACGGGCAGUUCGGCCUUCAAAGACUGGGUCUGAAUAUGUCUGAGAGUCAGAACUCGCCGCCCCCCCAGCUUGGUACCAACAGCAGUUCUGUGGCUAUCGCAAUUCUGGUGCCUUUCUUCGCGCUCAUCUUCACGGGCUUCGGCUUCUACCUUUAUAAACAAAGAACCACACCAAAAACGCAGUACACAGGCUGCUCCGUGCACGAAAACAACAACGGUCAGGCGGCCUUCGAGAACCCCAUGUACAACACCAACGCCAAGGCUGUGGAGGGGAAGGCCGUUCGAUUCGAUCCCAAUCUCAACACUGUUUGCACCAUGGUCUGAGGAUUGAUUAUCCUCGUUUGGACUUAACGAGUCAAAUAUAACGGGACCACAAGCGGUACAAGGCUGUGAAGGAAGGCUUUGAUGCAGAACCCACCACGGUCAGCAGCGCGGUCUCCUCUUUUCCCCAAGCAGAGUCCUCCUGAAGCCAAACCUGAACGUCCCUCAUCCAACAUUUUAUCUCCACUAUGAAAACGUAAAGUGUUUGCGACGACAGACGAUGCGAGAGAGGAGUGAAUCCAGCCCAGCGAACGACUGCAUCCCCUCAGCUACUGUCCUCCUCUAACCCAAAACCUCAGCUGGUCAUGGAUUGUUCCUAAUCUGAUUCUAAACCAGCCACGGCUGUUGUGCUUCGACCGCUUACGUAAGUCCCCUCACUAAUACCAGUAGUAAUGAUCUCCCAGUCAAACAUUGUGACGUGCGAACCCAAAGCCAAACUUUGUAUUUCACGCGAAGCUGCGGAGUAAAGGAUGCUCUGCCAGCUCUUUGAACAUUAGUCCUUGCCUGGGGAUAAAGCGAGCACAUUAUCAGUGCUCUGACCACGGUUCUACAUCACAAAGAUAAACUGCACUAGAAAUGGCUUAAUUUAAUUUUUAAGGUUUUCUCCCCGGCUGUGCUAAAGAAUUACUUAAGCUGGAGGAAUGAGGAGGCCGAGCGGCUACAGACGGGGAGACGUGACAUAAGGAGUGUGUCACACAAGACACUGUGAAGCAAGGAGCCUGUUUCUGUCUGUGGGCAACGCUGUCACCAGCAGUUCAUCAGUGAACCUCACUCAUGAGCUGUAACCAGGAGGCCAUUUCUAAAAUGACCACGGACAAAAGGGACGGCUUCCCAUCUCCAUGACGACGACACCAGACUCUUGUCUUUUUCUAUUAAAACAGACUCCAGGACGGGGAAUGCUAGCAGACAGUAGCAAAAGUUGCUUUGAAAGGAGACUAAGUCCUAAGCAACGGAUAAGAGCGGCCCUGGAGACGGGGCUUUAAUCCUAACUGAACUGGGAUUAGAGCGAAGCUAAACUAAAAGGAGUCUAAAAGUGAGCUAGCGCUGCGUGAACGGAUGAGACGAGACGGACUCAUCUGACGGAUCAACUGCUCCGUCCCAUCCAGCGGAUGAAGGAGGCGCCCACGGACGCAGAGACAACCCCGAGCUGAACUGGAAGUGGAGCUGGGGAGCCUGGGUGACCUGACAUCGACUGCUGGGAGGCGCUCGGCCUCCGCCUGCGUGACGAACCACGGCGGGCUUCUGGACCCGGGCCUUGACGGAACCACGGUCCCAGCGGAUCCUGGUGGAGACAGAGGACUCUGAUGGACUAACAAAGAAAAAGACUUUGGGAAACGGAGAAAGCUCUGGUACUAAAGCACAUUUUACAGGAACACUACCUGUCUACCUACUGAAACACGGACUAACGCAGGGACGCGGGGGUCAGAGAGAGGCUGACGGGAUGAAUGACAGAGAAGAUGACAGGUACACACUCGGAGGAGAUCCAGCAGGACAGACAGGAGGUAUUAAGACCAACACUUUGAACACACAGCCAGACAGACGGGUUCACCAACACAGGCGGGAUCCGGUGUCUCCACACAGAUGAAUGCGUUUACAGCAGGACAGACACAGACAGGCUGACAGUCCCACUAAUGGGACGACAAACAGGGUUGGAGCCCUACAACUGUGGACACAGUUUCACUGUAAUUCUGCACUCUGCGAGUGCUUAUCUUCUUUCUUUGUUAUUGCUGCAGAAUCUUCUGAUCUGUAAAUCUAUUGCAUAUAUAUUCGGGAGCAUUCACCACCUAUAUUUUUGUGCUAUAUAUUUACCACGGGGGAGGGGCCGAAGGGGAGAGAUUAUAGCAGAGAGUUUUUAGACGAAUAGAACGAAUUAUCAAAAAUAAAACAUAUUCCAAUGACGGGCUCCUCGCGGAGGUCGCCCUCGCGCUACUUUGGUUCCUUCGAGACAAGAAAUGGGUUCCUCUUCUUUUCCCGUGUGUGAUGAAGUCCCUCAGUCCGUCGCUGUCUUUCCCGCUGAGGCCGCCGCGAGCCGGUGGCGCCGCUGUUGUCGUUCGUGUCGUCAUGGCUGCGAGACUUGCCAUUCGGGGGGUUGUUUUCCAGCCAUUUGCAGACGGAGUCUGUGCGGUUUAAUGAUCAGCUGCCACUUGUUUUCUAACCUGCAAGUAAACUAAUGUGAGGCCACACAAAUUUGCACAUCAAAUAAAUGUUUUUUUUUUAUAUCUGUGGUUCAGCGAUGUCAACAAAGUCUGUGUUACCAUGGCAACAUAGAAUCCCAAUCCCCAUAAUGGCACCAUACUGUCUGAUCACUCAUGUCCAGGCUCCUCUGUAGCUCUGAUAAUGGCUGAUGGUAAUGUGUCCAUAGACCUUCACAAGGCGAAGGCUAAAAGAUGCUACAUAACUCCAGUAACAGUGAUGCUGAUGAUAAUUGCUGGUAAACCACACAACAUACAGUUGCCGCAUAAUGAAGUGUGCAAGUGGAUGUGUGUUGUGUAUCAGCAUGUCAGUGUGUGUUUAUGAGGAGCCGAGUGAAUGGCUUUUGUGGCGUUUUCAGUGUUACUUCAUCAGAUCUGUAAAUUUGACAUAUUCCUCAUCACAGUUUCCUCCCCAGGUUGAGCAUCACUGAGUCGUGGCCGGUGUUGAAGACGUGUUCAGGCUCUCAGAUCGAUACGAGGAUGUCUGAAUCAUCAGGCUACAUGAUUCCACUUUUAGGGGUUUUCUUUCAAGAUGUAAUUUGCCCUCGCAUCGAAUGUGUAUCGCUUCUAAAUUGGCGCCCACUCGCUUUGUACAAGCCUUUAACUCUUCAACUUUAAAAAUGUUGUUAUGGCACUUACAAAUCGAUGCGUGCUAGUGCGUUUAGGAGAAGCAGGGCGGUUAGAGCGAGCUUCCCACAGUUUACUGUGUCCGUAUGCGAAAUUUGAAAGAGCUAAAAGGCCAUGGACUACAUUUAUUUCGGAAACAAAAAGCUUUAAGACGAACUGACAAUUUGGGAGAAACUCCACGGACUUCACAGCCGAGUGACUGCUCGUUUGGGAGAUAAUAUUACUACUAAACCUGAUCCGGCUCCUGAUUGGAUAUAAAAGGAUUCGUGUUUAUACGCUGUAUUGAGCCGGGAGCUACUGGAGGCUGCUGUUGUACAUGUUGUCGGCCUUUCUGAUGGUUUCAUGGGCUUUUGUCGACCACUGUUGCGAGAGCUGCUGAGCUUUUCGUGUGAAGCCAAGCAUCGCGUCCAGCUCAUCCUUGCCUAUUGUGAGCACUGGGCCUGAAUGCAGCACAUACACUAUCUAUAUUAAUUGGUCCUUACAUAACACAAAUACAUAUAUCCAUGUGCAUGAGUCACUGUGUCUGCAGCUGUGGUGCCCAUUAAAAAGGCCUCGUUUGGUUGCCGUACAGAGUGAGAGAGCAAAAUUUGGUCCCACACAUGAUGAAUACGGGUGGUUUUAAUGAGUCUGGGUUCCAGGGUGGAGGAGCAUCCACAGCGCUGCGCCCAGAGCCCCCGCUGAUGUGACCACAGGCACCAACUGCGACCAGCUGACGGGAAACUUUCAGAGUCAUUAGCGAGUUCAAAGCACCGGUAGCUCCGGCUUCCUUGUUUAUCAGCUCCGCGGCCGCACUGCACAGCUCUGCUCGUUCUUUUUCGCCACUUCGAUUGUCACUGCUGUUGCCGUUGUUGUUGUUGUGCCGUCGUGUGUGCGUUUACCUUUGUUUUUUUUUUGGGUAUGGAUCUGACACAGUGCCUACCAAAAACCAUGGGACUCUCCCUGUCAUCACACAGACCACACACGCAGACGUACAUGGACCACGCACCUACUGUAUCCCAGUCCUCCCCGUCAGCAGAAAUCAUUUUUUUCUAAGCUUCAGUCUAUUUUGCCACAAGCUUUUCCUACUGACUGACCGCAAUAAGACCCAUGUGAUUUGAAAGACUUCAAGCCGUUCCUGCCUGGGGACAUUGGAAAUAUUCACCAUUUGAAAAAAAAGAUGAAAUAUAGAAUAAAAAAGUGUUUUGUACAGAAAUAUAUUUUUAUGAUGAACCUGUUUGUAAAAUGUAUGAAUCUAUUAUGUAAAUUUUCAAUGCAAUGUAAGAUUAAAAAAGGCUAAUUGCUUUUGUAAAA